AUGGCGGAGUGGUUCUUGGUGCUGGACUUGGUGUUACCGGCCUCCGUUCUGCUUCAGGCUGCUGCAGUGGAACUGGUAAGGCAGCUCGAAGCCCUCUGAGCUCUGCAAGCAAGCCCUCCUCUCUCCUCUGCUGCCCCUCCAGGAAAGUUCUCAUCACUGUAAGCAGCUCCGCCCCAGCACCUGAAGUUCCCGGGUCUGCCUGCCAGGCAGGCCCAGCAGCACCCUCUUCAUCCUCAUCCUCUGUGGCCCAGGCUGCUUCCUCCACAGCUUCUUCCACUUUUUGUGACCGCAGUCCGGUCCGUCUUCCUGUGAACCGGAUGCGUCCCCUUCGACUGGCCGUCCCACUUCUGACACCUUCUGUCGCGGGUUCAGUUUCUUUAAGUUCUUUUUCGGUUGUGGAGGGAAAGAUGAUGGCACAGUCGAGAACCGAGUACGGUGAUUUCCUUUUAUUUACACCAUCUCCAAAAAAAUACCCACAGGUGAAAACUCUUAUGUACAAAAAAUAUUUACAAAAAUUAUUUACAAAAAAGACAGAGGAAAAACUAUUUACAAACCGCAAUUCAAAUACCAGGACCAACAUACGUCUGCUCAACCAGGAGGCACACCAACAAGUGAGCUGAGCUCCUUUAAAUACCCCUUGGCCCCUCCUCCGGACAAACCAAUCAAAACAAUCUAGGGGUUUUUCAAGAUAUCAGCUAUUAUAUCAUAACUAAUAUUUCUACAUACACAAAAUAAUACAAAGCAAUUACUGUUGCUCACACCCUCCACAUGGCUGAGCCAAUAUUAAACCCAAACACAAUAUUUUUCCUAUAAAUCAAUUUGUUCCCGGACUUUGGUUUCUCCCUGGGUCACCUGACCCGCGGAGGCACGUCACCUAGUGCUACUUAACAGGUUACCCGGAACUGCCUCUGUUCAGUCCAUGAAGCGGAGACAGAAGGUGAGUGUGUAUGUGUGUGCGUGUACGUGUAAGCGAGACCCGUGUAGGUGUUUGAGUGUGCACCCUCUAACACCAACCACGGGGACGCAAGAGUCCAAUUAUUGUCUUUAAAUGUUCAUUUUGACUCCCGUCCGUCUGUCACUCCAGCCGCGAGUGACCACGCUAUUCCCCCACGUCGGCGACGAGGGAGAGCGAGAGGGAGAGAAGGCGUCCAGCCGCGAGAGAGAGCGUGCGUCCAGCCGCGAGAAAGAGAGCGGCCAGCCGCGAGGGAGAGAGCGGCCAGCCGCGAUGAGGACGGCGUUAGUGGCGCCCUGCCACACCUUCCCUUUAAUUUAA